UUAGAAGCUUCAGUGUAUUUGCCCAUUCAUCAAGUGAUUUCUGCUCCGUGCUGAACGUUUGCAAAUGGGAUCCCUGAUCAAAGUGCUUCUCUUGUGCUGUGCGACUCUGGAAAUCUAUGGAACAGAGGAUGCAAGACCACUAUUGAUGACAAAGUAUGGGCAGCUUCUUGGAAAAACAGUGGGCGCAAAGGAAACAGAUAGAUUAGUUCAUGUUUUUAUGGGCGUCCCCUUUGCAAAGCCACCUAUCGGACCAUUAAGAUUUGAGGCUCCGCAGCCACCAGAGCCAUGGAGCUCUGUCAGGGAAGCCACAGCACCUUCACCCAUGUGUUUACAAGAUAAAGAAGUAAUGGAACUACUUGCUGAUUUUUUCAAGGCAAAGUUUGAUUUUUCUCGAGUUUCAGAGGAUUGUUUGUACCUAAAUGUCUUCACUCCAGCAGACAAAGGAGAGAACCCAGGGCUCCCUGUCAUGGUGUUCAUACAUGGAGGAGGACUUGCCAUCGGAGGAGCAUCCAUGUUUGAAGGCUCUGCUUUAAGUGCCUAUGAAAAUGUUGUUGUGGUGUCAAUCCAGUAUAGACUUGGCAUUAUGGGAUUCUUAAGUACUGGUGAUAAAGAAGUACGUGGGAACUUUGGAUUUCUGGAUCAGGUUGCAGCUUUACAAUGGGUUCGUGAUAAUAUUAAGGAUUUUGGAGGUGACCCACAGUCAGUUACAAUAUUUGGGGAAUCUGCAGGUGGCUUGAGUGUUUCUGCACUGGUACUGUCUCCACUUUCUGAGGGAUUGUUCCAUAGAGCCAUAGCUGAGAGUGGAGUUGCAAUACUUCCUGGUUUGACUGCAAGUAAAACUGAAGAGAUUCUUCCUCUUCUAGAUAUGGUCAUUAAUGUAUCCUCCUGUAGUGUAUCGGACCUGGUAGGCUGUCUAAAAAACAAAACAGAAGAUGAGAUUAUUGAGAUUACUGCAGCAAUGAGAUAUGUGAUCUUCCCUGCUGUUGUUGAUGGUGUGUUCCUUCCCAAACCUGCGGAGGAGAUCUUAGCUGCCAAGGAGAGCCAUCCAGUUCCUUUUCUGAUUGGUAUUAAUAACCAUGAAUUUGGUUCUAUGCUGCCAGUGACACUUAAUAUCACUGGAUACAGAGAAGGAAUGGAGAAGAAAGACAUUCAGGCAAUACUUGGUGCUCUUCCUUUGUUGAAUACAGUUUCCAGUGUUAUUCCUUUCAUCAUGGAAGAGUACUUUGGCGACACAAAUGAUCCAAAAGAGUUAAGAAACAAUUUCCUGGAUCUAGCUGGGGACAUUAUAUUUGUUAUACCUGCCCUAAGAACAGCUAAAUAUCACCGAGAUUCGGGGUUUCCUGUUUACUUCUAUGAAUUUCAGCACCGCCCUUCAUUGUAUGCAGACUCAAAAGAAGAUUUUGUUAAAGCUGAUCAUGGUGAUGAACUUUACUUUGUUGGUGGUGGCCCAUUCCUGAAAAAUGGCAUUCUUUUCAAAAGUAAUGGAACAGAGGAAGAGAAAAUCCUCAGUAAAACAAUAAUGAAAUAUUGGGCUAACUUCGCUAGAAAUGGGGAUCCCAAUGGGCAUGGUUUGGCUGAGUGGCCAAAAUAUGAUGAAGAUGAAGACUAUCUAGAAAUUAACUUGACACAGAAAUCAUCUCAAAGACUGAAGGGAGAGAGAUUUGAAUUUUGGACCAUCACCCUUCCUGACAAAAUUCAGAAGUUGAUGGAAGAAAAAGAACAACGUAUAGAGUUAUAAAUGCCAUUAAUUAGGAUUUUGUGCUGUGCAAGUACUGUGGUACUGCUCCAAUAUGCAGUUCCAAUCCUGCACCCUACCUGACAGCACUGACAGAACUAUUUUUAAACUGAACAAAUCUACCUUUUUUCCUUAAUGGGAAUGUCAUGUAAUACUAAUGAAAGUGCUUGUGAACUAUAAUGUAUUUCACUGGUAACCCACAUUUGCUGCCCUUAAAGUAUAGUUAGUACUACUGUCAAGGGAAAGCCAAUGAAAGCCACUCCAGCAAUUGAUGAACUACAACACCCUGCUGUUAAGGUUCGUGAGUUAUAAAUGAGCAACAACUUGUUCCCUACACCUGCCUAGCUCUUCUCUGACAACAACACCAUUCCAGCCUACUACAGCUCUGGCAACACAUGCAAAUACUCAGCAGAAAUACAGAAAAAAAAACUUAAUGAUAAUAUGUUUAUUAAUAGGAUUAACGUGUUAACAGGAAAUCCAUUUUUAGGUUUUUAUGUUGCUAGAUAACUUUGUGAAAUAAAGUAUAAAUGAAGAUUAA